GAUUUAUCUGAUUGGUUGGCCAGGCCGGCGCCAGAGCCAAUGGAAACGCUCUUUGUUGUCAGGCGCGCAGUCGGCCAGCCCGGAGGUCCCGACGGAUGGGCCGUUGCCGUGGAGACGCCGGGAGAGUUCUCCUGCGGUAGGAGAUUUGUGGACUGGCACAGCCUUUUCCAGUGAUGGGAAGUGAUCCUCCGUGGUCGUGCUGAAUCUCUGAAUAUGAUUCGAAUUGCAGCUUUAAAUGCCAGUUCCACAGUUGAGGAUGAUCAUGAAGGAAGCUUUAAAAGUCACAAAACCCAGACAAAGGAAGCUCAGGAAGCAGAGGCUUUUGCCUUAUACCAUAAGGCUCUGGAUCUGCAGAAACAUGACAGGUUUGAGGAGUCUGCUAAAGCCUACCAUGAGCUCCUCGAAGCACGCCUACUUCGGGAGGCAGUUUCAUCUGGAGAUGAGAAAGAAGGAUUGAAACACCCUGGACUGAUACUGAAAUAUUCCACAUAUAAGAACUUGGCUCAGCUGGCAGCUCAGCGAGAGGAUCUGGAGACAGCCAUGGAGUUCUACUUAGAGGCAGUGAUGCUGGACUCCACAGAUGUCAACCUCUGGUAUAAAAUUGGACAUGUGGCCCUAAGGCUCAUCCGGCUUCCACUGGCUCGCCAUGCUUUUGAGGAAGGCCUGCGGUGUAAUCCUGACCAUUGGCCCUGCUUGGACAACCUCAUCACCGUACUGUACACCCUCAGUGAUUAUACAACAUGCCUCUACUUUAUCUGCAAAGCAUUGGAGAAGGAUUGCCGGUACAGCAAGGGUCUGGUUCUCAAGGAAAAGAUCUUUGAGGAGCAGCCUUGUCUCCGGAAGGACUCACUCCGAAUGUUCCUCAAAUGUGACAUGUCGAUUCAUGAUGUAGUCGUCAGUGCAGCUGAAACACAGGCCAUUGUAGAUGAGGCCCUGGGGCUUCGGAAGAAGCGGCAAGCACUGCUAGUGAGGGAGAAGGAGCCGGAUCUGAAGCUGGUGCAACCCAUCCCCUUCUUUACGUGGAAGUGCCUGGGAGAGAGCUUGUUGGCUAUGUAUAAUCAUCUCACCACUUGUGAGCCUCCACGGCCCAGUCUUGGCAAGAGGAUUGAUCUCUCUGACUACCAGGACCCCAGCCAGCUAUUGGCAUCCUCCAUGGUGAUGGCGCCCAUCAGCGUGAUCCAGCCAAGCCCUGUCAGCACCAGUACAGCUGUAGCUGUGCCUGACCCUGUUCUCUCCUAUGCCUCUGUGGCCACAGCCAGCUUCCCACUGCAUAGUACCAGCCUACUGGAAACAAGCACUCCUAUAGGUGAUAUGUCUGGGGGAGAUAAGUCCAAGAAAGGGGUAAAGCGGAAGAAGAUUGCAGAAGAGAGUGGAGAGACAGCAAAGCGGAGGUCUGCCCGGGUUCGGAACACCAAGUGUAAAAAAGAAGAGAAAGUGGACUUCCAGGAGCUUCUGGUGAAGUUUUUGCCAUCCAGGUUAAGAAAGCUGGACCCUGAGGAGGAAGAUGAUCCCUUUACUAACUAUGAAGUCCAGUCAGAAACCAAGCUGGAAACCUUUGCAAGCUUAGGACCUCAUCGACUAUCAUUUGACUCAGCCACAUUCAUGGAAUCAGAGAAGCAGGAUGUACAUGAGUUCUUGCUGGAGAACCUGACCAACGGUGGCAUCCUGGAGCUGAUGAUGCGCUACUUGAAGGGCAUGGGCCACAAGUUCCUGCUAAGGUGGCCACCUGGUCUGGCGGAGGUCGUGCUCAACGUCUAUCACAGCUGGAGGAGGCACAGCACCAGUCUGCCCAACCCCUUGCUGAGAGACUGCAGCAACAAGCACAUCAAGGACAUGAUGCUGAUGUCUCUCUCCUGCAUGGAGCUCCAGUUGGACCAGUGGCUGCUGACCAAAGGCAGAAGCUCUACAGUGUCUCCUCGGAACUGCCCAGCUGGUGUGGCAAAUGGCAGAUUUGGGCCUGACUUCCCGGGAACCCACUGCCUUGGUGACCUCCUGCAGCUGUCAUUCGCAUCGUCCCAGCGUGACCUGUUUGAAGAUGGCUGGCUGGAGUUUGUUGUGCGUGUUUACUGGUUGAAGGCUCGUUUCUUGGCAUUGCAGGGAGACAUGGAACAGGCCCUUGAGAACUAUGACAUCUGCACAGAAAUGCUCCAGAACUCCACUGCCAUCCAGGCAAAAGCAGGGGUUGAGCAAAGAGACAUUGUCAUCCGGCUGCCAAACCUCCAUAAUGACUCAGUUGUUUCCCUGGAGGAGAUUGAUAAGAACCUGAAGUCACUAGAACGCUGCCAGUCUUUGGAGGAGAUUCAGCGGCUCUAUGAGGCUGGUGACUACAAGGCUGUUGUGCAUCUACUCCGCCCCACUUUGUGUACCAGUGGGUUUGACCAGGCCAAACACCUGGAGUUUAUGACUUCCAUUCCUGAGAGGCCAGCCCAGCUGCUUCUGCUACAGGACUCCUUGCUCCGGCUGAAAGACCACCAGCAAUGUUUCGAGUGCUCUGAUGUGGCUCUGAAUGAGGCUGUCCAGCAGAUGGUGAACUCCAGUGAGGCUACAACCAAGGAGGAGUGGGUGGCAACGGUGACCCAGCUGCUGCUGGGCAUUGAGCAGGCACUGUCUGAGGAUAGCACUGGCAGCAUCCUGAAGGACUCAUCCUCCACCACUGGCCUUGUUCGGCUUACUAACAACUUGAUCCAGGUCAUUGACUGCAGCAUGGCGGUGCAGGAGGAGCCCAAGGAGCCCCAUGUCUCCUCAGUGUUGCCCUGGAUCAUCCUGCACAGGAUCAUCUGGCAGGAGGAGGAUACCUUCCACUCACUGUGCCAGCAGCAACAGCUCCAGAGCCCAGCAGAGGAAGGGAUAUCAGAGACUCCCAUGCUCCCAUCUUCCCUCAUGCUGCUCAACACAGCCCACGAGUACUUGGGUAGGAGGUCCUGGUGCUGCAAUUCAGAUGGGGCCCUGCUGAGAUUCUAUGUUCGAGUUCUCCAAAAGGAGCUUACUGCAUCCACCUCUGAAGAUACUCACCCCUACAAGGAGGAGCUGGAGACAGCCUUGGAACAGUGCUUCUACUGCUUGUACAGCUUCCCCAGCAAGAAGAGCAAGGCCAGGUACCUUGAGGAACACUCAGCCCAGCAGGUGGAUCUUAUAUGGGAAGAUGCCCUGUUUAUGUUUGAGUACUUUAAGCCCAAGACCCUUCCUGAAUUUGACAGCUAUAAGACCAGCACUGUAUCUGCUGACUUGGCCAACCUCCUGAAGAGAAUUGCUACCAUUGUGCCUCGUACAGAGAGGCCAGCACUGCGUUUGGACAAAGUGUCCGCCUACAUUGAAGGGACCUCAACUGAGGUUCCCUGCCUCCCAGAAGGGGCAGACCCCUCUCCUCCAGUGGUGAAUGAGCUCUACUACCUCUUGGCUGAUUAUCAUUUCAAAAACAAGGAACAGUCUAAGGCCAUUAAGUUCUACAUGCAUGACAUCUGUAUUUGCCCGAACAGAUUCGAUUCUUGGGCAGGCAUGGCUCUAGCCCGAGCCAGCCGCAUUCAGGACAAGCUGAACUCCAACGAAUUGAAGAGUGAUGGACCCAUCUGGAAACAUGCCACACCUGUCCUGAACUGUUUCCGGCGGGCCCUGGAGAUUGACAGCUCUAACCUGUCCCUAUGGAUUGAGUACGGCACCAUGUCCUACGCUUUGCACUCAUUUGCUUCACGCCAGCUGAAGCAGUGGAGAGCUGAGCUGCCCCCUGAGCUUGUGCAGCAGAUGGAGGGCCGGCGUGACAGCAUGCUGGAGACAGCCAGGCACUGUUUCACAUCGGCAGCCCGCUGUGAGGGUGAUGGUGAUGAGGAAGAGUGGCUUAUCCACUAUAUGCUGGGCAAGGUGGCUGAGAAGCAGCAGCAGCCACCAGCCAUCUACCUGCUGCACUACAGGCAGGCUGGCCACUACCUGCACGAAGAAGCGGCCCGCUACCCCAAGAAGAUCCACUACCACAAUCCACCUGAGCUGGCCAUGGAGGCCUUGGAGGUGUACUUCCGGCUCCAUGCUUCCAUCCUGAAACUCCUGGGGAAACCUGAUUCUGGGGUUAGUGCAGAGGUCCUGGUCAACUUUAUGAAGGAGGCUGCAGAAGGACCCUUUGCCAGGGGCGAGGAGAAAAAUACACCCAAAGCUUCAGAAAAAGAGAAGGCCUGCCUGGUGGAUGAGGAUUCCCACUCUUCAGCUGGGACACUGCCGGGCCCGGGAGCCUCCCUACCCUCCUCCUCCUCUGGCCCAGGUCUGACAUCCCCACCUUACACAGCUACUCCGAUUGACCACGAUUACGUCAAAUGUAAAAAACCCCACCAGCAGGCAACGCCGGACGACCGGAGCCAAGACAGCACAGCUGUUGCACUCUCAGACUCCAGCUCGACCCAGGACUUCUUUAAUGAUCCCACCAGCUCACUAGAGGGUUCCCGGAAGCCCUUUACAGAGAAGAGGCUGCCUGUGCUCAGUGCUCAAGCAGGGCUGAAUGGUAAAGAUCUUCAGGGGGCCACAGAGGAAAGAGGCAAAAUCAAAGAGUCCUUGGAGAACACAGAAGGCUUCCGGGCUACAGAGCAAGGUCUCCAGAAGCCUGCUGCAGACCCCCUGGCCUCUGUUUGUAUUCCUGUCAAGCCCCCAGUGUCCACACCUGCUUUGUUGGAUGGGAAGAAGAGGAAUGACUCUCCAGCAGAACUAGUGGCCUUCCCCCAGGGGCUACCAGCUGGUGCUGAGGAGCAGCGCCAAUUCCUCACAGAACAGUGCAUUGCUUCCUUCCGCCUGUGCCUGAGCCGAUUUCCCCAGCACUAUAAGAGUCUCUACCGACUGGCCUUCCUCUACACCUACAGCAAGACCCAUCGGAACCUCCAGUGGGCCCGAGACGUGUUGCUAGGCAGCAGUAUCCCAUGGCAACAACUGCAGCACAUGCCGGCACAGGGGCUCUUUUGCGAGAGGAACAAGACCAAUUUCUUCAACGGCAUCUGGCGGAUCCCCGUGGAUGAGAUUGACCGGCCAGGCAGCUUCGCCUGGCACAUGAACCGCUCCAUCGUGCUUCUGCUCAAGGUGCUGGCCCAGCUCCGGGACCACAGCACUCUGCUGAAGGUGUCCUCUAUGCUGCAGCGGACCCCAGACCAGGGCAAGAAAUAUCUGCGAGAUGCUGACCGCCAGGUCUUGGCACAGCGGGCCUUCAUCCUUACUGUGAAGGUGCUAGAGGACACACUGAGUGAACUCACAGAGGGGUCAGAACGCCCAGGGCCCAAGGCUUCUGGCCUUUCCAGAGCCAAAAUGACCACUGAUAUCUCACACAAGAGCAGUCCUGAGGAUGACCAAGAGAAACUUCCUCACCCCAAGAAGUCCCCUCUGACUGAUGGCUCAGGGCCAGAGCCUGAGCCAGGGGGCACAGCGAGCGCUCUCAGUCACCAGCCUAUGGCCAUGGAUGCAGGAAACAGUGGAGGCCAGGGUGGGGAGCAGAAGGACAGAGAGAGUCAACGAAUGGGGUCCACUGAGCCCAUGGACACAGGUGAGGCCACCAUUUGCCGCAUAGACUUGGAACGGCCUUUGUCCCUGCUGCCGGGCCAUCCCCUGAGGGACCGAGGCUCAGAGAGUCGACCUGCUGAGCUCUCUCUGGAGGAACUGAGUAUCAGUGCCCGGCAGCAGCCUACUCCACUCACCCCAGGCCCCCCAACCCCCACCCCCAACACUGCCCCCACUACUGCCACGGGAGCCAGAGCAUGUAGCCACCUCGAAGAGACACCCCCACGACCCAGCCGUAAGAGGAAGCUUCUGGAGGACACAGAGUCAGGCAAGACCCUCCUGCUGGAUGCCUAUCGAGUGUGGCAGCAGGGCCAGAAGGGUGUGGCCUACGACCUAGGCCGAAUCGAGAGGAUCAUGUCAGAGACCUACAUGCUCAUCAAACAGGUGGAUGAGGAAGCUGCGCUGGAGCAGGCUGUGAAGUUUUGUCAAGUCCACCUUGGGGCUGCUGCCCAGAGACAGGCUUCAGGGGACACCCCCACUACCCCAAAGCACCCUAAGGACAGUCGAGAAAACUUCUUUCCUACAGCGGUGGUCUCUACCGCACCUGACCCUGUGCUGGUCGAUGCUGUCCAGCGUCCCACUGACAGCCACGUCAAGCCUCGUGGUGCAGUGGCUGCUGCUACUACAGCUGUUGUCAGCUGUCUACCUGUAAUGUCCGCCUCUACUCCAGACCUGUCCAAGGACUCCGGGAUCCCCCGGCCACACAGGCCGGAGGCCACCCUCAGCGUGGCGUCUCUGACCCCAGAAGGAGAGGAGUUGGCAACAGUGGCAGAGGGCUCCAGCUGCCCACCCUUGGAACCACGGCGUGGUCAACAGGUGAAGAUGAUCUCCACUGGUCCUCCUGUGGAUCCACACUCGUGGCUGGUGAAGCCUGCCCACCAGACAGGCACUGAGCUGCCCUGCAGCCAAACUGCCAGCUCCAAGGUCUUCAGCAGUGGGACUGCCCAGCCACCUGAGGGCCACACCGGCAAGGCUGAGCCCAGCCGGGUCAAGUCCCGCCUCCUGCCCAACAUGCCCAAACUGGUGAUCCCCUCGGCUACCACCAAGUUCCCUCCUGAGAUCACAGUCACGCCACCCACUCCGACGCUACUCUCCCCGAAAGGCAGCAUCUCAGAGGAGACCAAGCAGAAGCUAAAGUCGGCAAUCCUGUCUGCCCAGUCGGCUGCCAAUGUGAGGAAGGAGAGCCUGUGUCAGCCUGCCUUGGAGGUCCUAGAGACAUCCAGUCAGGAGUCCUCCCUCGAGAGUGAGACGGAUGAUGACGACGACUACAUGGACAUCUGAGGGAGCUACCACCACACCCUGAGGGACCAACCAGGCCUGGAAUGCUCCAUCAGCCCAGAGCCUAGGCAAGACCAGAGGCUCACAUGGGCUAUCAUUUCCAGUUCAGCUCCCAGGCCUGCCCAGUCCUCACUUCACAGUGUUGGAGUCCAGAGGAGGAGGGCCCAGCGUAGCCCUGUGAGGACGGGGAUGUGGUCUGUACAGCAGGGCUGACAUCCUUUUGAUGAAAUGUUGACUUUGUAAAUGUGCCCAUUCCAGCCCAGCCCAUACCAUGUCCACAGUUUGGUGCCAGAAUAAGUUGAGCUCUGCCUGAGUCCCAGUGGAGGGACCACCUAGGGCCAGCUUGUGUCACACCUUUUUGUUUGUUUGUUUCUUUUCUAAUAAAGAUGGAACAGUG